UUAGUUAAGCCCCGAGCAGAUGAGACGCCGCUCAAGCUCUUCCCAAUCGAAUGCAACAAUCCUUCUUACAAAGAGUACAAUCGCCACCGAGAUGUCCAUCACGAUGGCGUGAACAAGGGCAUUGAACGAUUUUGCGACUCGGACCUCGCGCGCGAUACCCUCACUAUCGUCGACGAUGUGCAAGACCACCCCCUUCAUGCCUGGCGAUGGCGCUACAAGGAUAAAUACGGUGUUUAUCUGGACUUCAAGGUCCACUGGAAGGUCGGAUGUCGCACCUCGCAAGAUUUCCAAGAUAUCCAGCGACCGCUUGGUCCUGAUGGGACGUCUUGUAAUGACAUUAUGUUAGCCAACUGGAAGCACUGUGAGUGUAUCAAUGGGGGGAUUGGCGGAGUUACGCAGGUUGGAUGCCUCGUAUUUACUCUGAAUGCCGGGCGAAGUGAUCGAUAUUACUGA